CUGCAGGACCCGCACACGGCGAUUCCGCAGCGCUCACCCGCGGAAAAUUAGGUUAAAGGUUUUCAAACUGAUACUACAGCGAUACUAACAGAGGAACAGUCGGAACUGAGAUGCCAAUCCGUUUUCUUUUGUCAGGGAGAAUGACCUUUGUAGCAGAUGUUGCUUCCCAGUGUAGCUGAGGAAUUUAAGAAGUUACCGAACCGCGCCAUACGUUUUUAAUCAUAGGUUGCUAGUAAGCUAGUUGUUUCCGGAUUUGUGCAUUUUUUGCUAAUCCUCACAUCUUCAUUUGCAUUGCCUGCUUACAGUUCUGAUCAAAUUAACAUACUUUAAAUGCGAUUGAAUGCGAAUCUGUUACAACACAGUGCAAAACAGGGGGCGGUGGAAGAUUAAAUAUAAUUAUUUGACGCUAAGUACCGUCGUCUUGGCUAUGCUUGAUAAUACCAGAUCAAUCAGCGAUAAGUGGGGGGGCUGUCGCAUCCGCAAGACGCUAUACUUUAUCUUGGGCAUGGACUCCGCGGGAACUGCGCCUAUCAGAAAGCGAAGCGGUUCUCAAAUCUCAGCUCUCCGGGUUAAUGAUUGAAAGCGUGAACUUAGUACUUGAGCGUGGAGUUUGGAGUCUGGCCUCCACCACGAUAAACAUUAGCGGAGUAUUCCCGAGCGCCCGUCCUCUUUUUCAGGACCCGAGGUGCUGCUCAGUCACUGACUUCUGCUGCUAAUUUGCUGUCUGACCGCACAGAGAGCGCACUAUGUUAAAGCUAAGCUUAAUUUUACUCUGCGCUCUUUCAUCGUCUGUGUCUGUCCCCGCUAAAGGGGGGCCCAGACUGGCCGGCGGACAGCUGUACAAAUUUGGCUAUUCCACGGAGGUGCUGCUGGACCGGGCGCGGGGGCGGGCGGGGGGGUCGGCGGGGGGCAGCGCGGGCUACAGGAUCUCCUCCGCCGUGGACAUCAGCUUAGCGUGGAGAAACCCCGGCAGCAAGGACGACCAGCUGCUCCGCGUGGCGAUCAGCGACGUGAAGAUAGAGAAUGCCACUCCACGCCCGGACGAGGACAACAUCUUCCUGGACACCCCGACGCAAAGGAUUCUGGGAACAGCGAACCUGGAAGCCCUGGAGAGGCCGUUCCUGGUGCACUUGAAGCUGGGGAAGGUGAAAGGUCUGUACUCCUACCAGAAGGAGCUCACCGCCAUCAGGAACCUGAAGAGGGGCGUGGCCAGUCUACUGCAGCUGCAGCUGACUUCUGGGAAAACACAGGAGGUGGACGCGUCCGGCAGGUGCAUGGUGGAGUACACAGCCGGGAAGGAUCAUGUGACCCGGGUCAAGGCGGUGGACACCUGUAAGACGCUGGAGACGGGUUUCACCACCCACAGUCAGGUCCUGGGUGUUUCUGGAAAGUCAUCGUCCAUCACAGAGUUCACCCUGGAGGACGGCUUCGUCAAGACGGCCGUUUCCGAGGAGACGCACGUGCUGUCCGUCAACGCUCGCCACUCUGCCGCCGCCAAGGUCGUGUCCAGGCAAACUCUGACCCUGGUGAGCAAAGAGGCGGGACCCCAGGAAGCCACUGGACAGGACGUCCCCUCGGUCGUCCAAUCGCUGGACGGCGAGUUCGUCUCCGUCUCCGUUUUGCCAGAGAGGGUCAAGACCAAGUGCAAGACCUGCCCAACGCUCUGGGAGCACUGGCAGGCUGUGCACAAGCAGUUGGAGCCGGAGGGCCUGUCCAAGGCCGCCGCCACCCGCAACUUCCUGUCCCUCAUCCACAGCGUCAGGAAGUCCACCAAGGAGGACAUCCUCAAAGUGAUGAAGAACUGCAGCAAGACUGCCCUGCCUCAGAUGGUGGACGUGGUGACCUCAGCGCAGACCCCCGCCUCUCUGGACGCCGUGCUCUCCUUCCUAAACUUCUCUGACGCGGGCGGGCUGGUGCUGCAGGAGCGCUUCCUGUACGCCUGCGGCUUCUCCUCGCACCCCAACCAGAGCAUGCUGCAGGCUCUGCUGGACCUGUGGAAGCGGAAGAUCGGCAGCACAGAGAUCCGGGAGUCGGUCAUGAUCAUCAUGGGCGCCCUGGUGCGCAAGCUGUGCCAGAAGGGGGGCUGUGAGCUGCCGGCGGUGCUGGAGGUGAAGAAGCUGCUGCUGGAGGGGCCGGGCAGCAGUGAGGAAGAGGAGAAGGUGCAGAUGUACCUGUUGGCGCUGAAGAACGCCAUGCUGCCCGAGGCUGUCCCGCUGCUCACGCAGUUCUCUGAGUCUGAGGUGGGGGCCCUCAGCACCAUCGCCAUCACCGCCCUGCAGCGCUACGACCGCGCCCUCAUUACUGACGAGGUGAAGCAGACGCUGAACAGGGUCUACCACCAGAACCGGCGCAUUUACGAGAAGAACGUGCGGGCGGCGGCCGCCGAUGUCAUCUUCAGCAGCGACCCGUCCUACAUGGAGGUGAAGAACCUGCUGCUGUCCAUCGGAGACCUGCCCCACGAGAUGAACAAGUACAUGCUCUCCAAGGUCCACGACAUCCUGCGCUUCGAGAUGCCCGCCAGUGCCAUGGUCCGGCGGGUGAUGAAGGACAUGAUCUCUCACAACUACGACCGCUUCUCCAAAGUGGGCUCCUCCUCCGCGUACUCAGGAUUCAUGGCGCGUGCGGAGGACGUCACCUCCACCUACAGCCUGGACAUCCUGUACUCAGGCUCCGGAAUCCUGCGCCGGAGCAACAUGAACAUCCACGCCUUCAGCCAGGGGGCGCACCUGCACGGCCUGCAGGUGGCGAUCGAGGCGCAGGGUCUGGAGUCGCUGAUCGGCGCCACGGCGGACGAGGGUGAGGAGGACCUGGAGAGCUUCGCGGGGAUGUCCGCCGUGCUCUUCGACGUCCAGCUCCGCCCCGUCACCUUCUUCAAGGGCUACAGCGACCUCAUGUCCAAAAUGUUCUCCCUCUCCUCGGACCCCAUGAACGUGGUCAAGGGCCUGAUCCUGCUGACCGACCACUCCCAGGUGAUUCGGUUGCAGUCGGGGCUCAAGGCCAGUGUGGAGUUCCAGGGCGGCCUGGCCAUCGAUAUCUCAGGUGGAAUGGAGUUCAGCCUGUGGUACAGGGAGUCCAAGACCAGCGUCAACAACAGGGGCGCCCUGGUGGUGGUGGGGAGUGUUGCCGUGGAUAUGGACCUGAUGCGCGCGGCGGUGGAGGUGAGCUUCGAGACGGAGGCCUCGCUGGACUUCAUCACCACCGUGCAGUUCUCCGAGUACCCCUUCCUGGUCUGCAUGCAGAUGGACAAGGCCACCUUCCCCCUCAGGGAGUUUGUGGUGAAGCAGGAGAGCCUGUGGACGGGGAAGACCUUCGCCUCCCGCCGGGGCCGGAAGGAGCUGGUGCCCGGCUCCGAGUUCCCGCUGCACCAGGAGAACUCCAACAUGUGCAAGAGGGUGUUCGACGAGUCCUGGUAGAGCGCCCUCUGGUGGCUGGGAGGGGGUGGCGCGUCUCUCACUGGGAUUGUGGAACACUGUGGGGUUCUGCCUGUCAAACGUGAGGUUAGGGACAAACCCCGCCCCCUUCCACCCCCCCCACACCCCCUCCCUUCUUCCACCCCCCACGCCCCCUCCCUUAUUCCCCUGAGUUUUAUUUAUUGUACAGGAAAACCAUUCAAGAAUAUAUUCAUCAGAGCUAUAAUGUGAACAGGUAUAGAAAAAAGGGAAAGACACAUUAAAAAAACAACAUACAACAUGUUUACAUACUGUAUUUAGAAUUAUUUAAAUCUUUUUUUUUUUUUUGUUUUGUUUUGUGAGACCAAAUGACACAUUAUUAUUGGCAUCAGGGGAUUUCAUAAGCGCCUCUGUUCUAUGAAUAUAUUUGAGUCUGUUUUUGUAUGAGCACACACACCAACGCCCUCUUACGCCUCAUAGACGCAGUCCAGGUGUAAAUAUGACCCAAAACAGGCUAUGCUAUAGGAUAAUAACUGCCCUCCAGUUUACUACAGGUCGUGCUCACACAAAAUUACACUGAGCUUCUUUUUUUUUUUAUUAAGGUGGAAAAGGAACUUUGUUUGAAGUGAGGAAGAGAACGAGCGGUGGUCAGGGCUAAGUUAGCGUGGUCCACACACUCUUAUGUCCACAAGCUGUCCCUGCCCACCUUGGGGGGUGGGGGGGUUAAGUCUAGCCUGAAUUAGACAGGGACUCUUCAUGUGUAAAAUAAUGGAUGUUUGCUUGUUUGGGUGGAUUCCACCCCCACUCCCUCUCCCCCCC